AUGCGCGCCAAAAGGCCUCCGUCCUCUCGCCACUUCGCCGACCGUCCGAUGCUCAAGUUCUCCAUCGACGUGCUCCUCUCUUCUUCUCCCUCUCCGUCCCCUCUUCCGUCCUCCCGAUCUUCCGGCAUCUUCCCAUUCCCGGCUAUUCCCUCCGGGUUUGCAGACUCUUCAUCGGGUAACUGUUCUUUUUUAUUGGAAAUCAAACGGGAGCUCCUAGGAGACGACGAGAACAAUCGGAAGAAGUUCCCGUGCGAAGUGUGCGGCAAACAAUUCAAUGCGCAUUACAACCUGACCCGGCACAUGCCCGUGCACACCGGAGAACGGCCGUUCGUCUGCAAGGUACUUAUCAUUCCGGACGACUCGAAGUACUUCUAAUUCAGGUGUGCGGAAAGGCCUUCCGUCAGGCAUCCACACUUUGCCGUCACAAAAUCAUUCACACAGACAGUAAACCGCACAAGGUAGGCGCCGAUUCGCUCCAUUCAGGGUGUCGUCCCUAAUCCGUCGGAAAAGUGGCCAAAAUGGAUUAGAAGGGACCCGUUUCUCAUCCGAUUAGAGACUACCGUACUCAAGUCAUUCAAAUUGUUGCAGUGCAAAACAUGUGGCAAGUGUUUCAACCGUUCCUCCACACUCAACACGCACGUCCGAAUCCAUCAAGGUUAGUGGAACAGAGCAAAUACGAAAGGAGUUACGGAUGGAUUGCAGAGUUCAAGCCGUUCGUGUGUGAAGUGUGCGGGAAGGGAUUCCAUCAAAAUGGCAACUACAAGAAUCACAGACUGACGCAUGAGGACACGAAGAAGUUCUCGUGCAGUAUCUGUAAAAGAGUCAGUCUGCACUCUUCCAGUCCCUUCCGUACAUUUCCUUCCAGGCUUUCCACCAAUCCUACAAUCUGGCAUUCCACAUGUUCACUCACGAAGAGCACAAACCGUUCACUUGCCACGUGUGUUCCAAAGGAUUCUGCCGAAACUUUGAUCUAAAGAAGCACCUCCGAAAGAUGCAUUCCGUCCCGACGCUCACUCCAUAA